UGUUCUGAUAGUCGCGGACUCGAAAGCCCAGCUGAGUGGUCGUGAUGGGAGCUACCAAAGGCAAGCCCACUGCCACUGGAGAUUUCCGACGAACCGUGUGAUCCAGUUAGAGGAAUUGUGAAAUGUGGAACUUAAACGGUCGAUGUAGUCUCGAGCACACUUCCACACUGUGGAUCGAUCCUUGGCUUGGUGCGCAACCAGAACGUUAUCAUACGGACCUUGAAAGCUCUAGGAUGACACGAGCCACUUGAUGAAGGAAGGGCACUUGCCGAUUGGACUGAAUUUACUGUGAGCUGAUCGUGAUAAAACAUAGUUUCGACAGGAGCUCUGGGCAGUGUGGUGCACAACUCUAUCCCAAAAUUUGCUCAGCGCGAAAGGAGCCUUUCUUCAGGUCCUACAGUAUCUACAUGUAGUUUAUCAAAGACUAAGUAGUGAUAGAACUGAUACUGGCGCUCCACCGCUCAGUUGAGUGUUCCAGAUACGACAAAGGUCCCGUGCACAUGAGUAACAUUUUAGCUGGAGGCAAACUCGUCUCCUGGGCAAGUAAAGUUGACUACCGAGCAUGUAGCACACGCUCGGUCGUAGGCGGUUCCAAAGCUAGUAUAGCGAGGCACGUCUAAAUCGUGUGUCUCCUCAGACUCAGGCGAGAAAGUACGGUGAUUGACCGAGCGGGCUUGAACCAGGAGACAGGUGGUUGUGUGUUUCACCAUCGACUUCGUCGCCAGGUGACCUUGACCUUCCUCGGCUCCACGCGAUACCACAAUGGCGAGUGGUCACCAUCACUUCCUUCUCAGCGUAAUUGUCACGCUGGCCAAGACAUUUGCCACUGCAACUCUAGACCUACCUCCCAACCUAUUUUCGGAAACGCUACCUAAGCAACCUCCCCAUUUACCUACACAUCGUAGCAGCGACUCUGGUGGGACAGGAAAGCGCGGUCAAGCAAAGCGAAUUUGCCCCUGUUCAGAGACUUUGGCUUGCAAGCGGCAAACAUUCAAUUUGCACGGGGACGAAAUUAACUCCAGUCUUUGUCUCGAGAGGCUAUCCGAGAGCCUGCUGCAAGAGGAGCGCGAGCUGUAUUACAACCGAACAGCCAAUUGUGUUAGCAAAGCAGCUUGGCCCAAGUCCAUGUUUACAGGAGACGGCAGCCAGCCUGCGAUCCAGGCAGGAUCCUGCUUGUCCUGGCCAACCAGCACAUCCGUGUCAGUGGUAGUCGCCGAGCCCACGGCAAGAGAUGCCAUGCAAAGCCUGCUCAGCAGCGUGCAGUUCCACGUGCAUCGCCUACUGGAAAUAGCAGGGGUGGACUCUGACAGCUUCGGCUUGGCGUACUCAGCAUGGGGCAUCUCUGAAGACCACAGUCAGCUGCUGCCGCAUGCAGAAGAUCCUAUACUUGUGUCGGGCGACGCUAAUGGAGUUAUGCAACAAGCUCUCCUGGACAAGGUGGAAAGCGCCGACGAAUCGUAUCUGGGCCAGGCAGUCGCCGCGAUCGACAGGAGUCAGGACAGCGGUAUUAUGACACAUCAGGUGGACGUCGAUUUCACCACAGUAACCGAUUUGAUUCUUGGCCGAGAGCGCGAGCUCAGCCCGCAGCGCAAGUGCAUCAUCCUAGCAGUGGUGCCCAGUAGCGGUUACUUCAUCUUUCCCGCCAAGGGUGAGUUCCGGCCCAAUCCGAACUACCACAAGGAGCUCCUUCAGGCGUGGAACUGCACCCUGCAUGCCAUUAUGCCACUGUACGAGUACACCGAUCUGGAGCCUGGACACUGGGGCGUGGGCUACGGCAGGGAGCGCUAUCUCUCCGUUGACCCGGAUGCACCACCGGCCACUCCCUACUGGAAAAGCAUGGACGAGUCGCUGAGACAGUCGAUACUGAACGCGACCGGUGACUUGGGCAAAGCGGUGUUCGACACAGGGGGCAUGAUAUUCAGGUCGCAGCUCCCCGAAACCGAACUCCUAUCACCGAGCAGCGGUAAAGAGCACCCAUCACGCAUCUGGUUCGUCAUCGCCGAAACCCUAGCCCGCCUGAUCAUAGGUGAAACACCAAACGAACUUCUGGAGAGCCAAUGUCGGUGUAGUGAUCAGCGCCUAGAUCCCGUCCUGCUCACGGAUCAUCCGCCAAGCCAUCCAUGGAAGCCACCUUCCCCGUUUGCAAGGUGGCACAUCCUCCCGAUCCAGGAUAGAGGAUGUUCUGAAUUUUGCGAAGGCCAGCCAUCGGACGGUGCCGUAACAAUCCGCAAUAGUAACUAUAAGUUCAUAUUCUAUUCUUCCUGCCAUCGUGAAUCAUCGGGUAGUUAUCGAGUGUUGAGGAAUGGUCCUCCGUUCGUGCUGGGAUGGGAUUGUCCACUCGUUGACCCUUCCACCAUAACCUACAACCAACCUCGGCGCGUCGCCGACGUAGUAGUGAUCAUUGUGGAGGAGGCACCGUCGCUGCGAAACGUGCACCGCAAGAUAGCCGGACUGGUGAUGGAGAUUGAGAGGAGCCUACGGCAGCGUGGCUUCGGUGCGGAUCAGUCGCGGAAUCUCUACACUAUUGUCGGCAUGGGUUCCAGCGAGGGCGUUCAUGGACGGUUUCUGCUCUCCUCGUGUUCGGCGGCAUAUCUGUACCCCGCCGAGUGCGUAGCGAGUGCAGCACGCCAGUUGAUACACCGUACCGAGAGCCAGAGAGGCUAUAAUCCACGGUUAGACACGCUUGCCACCCUGUCAUUCGCCAUCGCUAACACUCCAUGGCGACGGAAUGCUGUGCGAAACAUUCUGCUCGUUAUGGAUCGCAAAUGGGAAUGCUCUCGGAUCUUGGAACCGUCCGACGUCGAGAUGAUGCUUAAGUGCUACGAAAUCGCUUUGCACUCGGUCAUUUACAACCGAUUUACCAGCCUGGGUCAGGAAACGUUUGGGACGGAUCACCGCCUGUUCAAAUAUACGUUUGCGAGCAAUCUAACGAUGAUCGGAAAGGAUCCGGUGGACGUCCGCGGUGGCCUGAGCGGCACUUUCACCAAUAUCGGUGUGCUGGCCCUGGGCUCGAAAGGUUCGGCCUGGAGUAUCGAACAGUUUACCAACGACUACCCGGGAUUCCUAGCGUACAUGCCCAUAGUUCUCGCUCAGCUUGCGGAGGAAAGAUACCAUCGGGUUCUGCCGUGCACUUGCAGCGUGCCUGAUGAAGUCUACCCGUCCAAUCCUUAUCAUUUGAUCUUCCAUUGCUUCCCGUGCAACGAGACAAAGUGCAAAGAAGUUCAGGAAGAGGAAAACGCGAGAAUGGUGGCCAAGCGGAGUGAAGAAGAAGCGGAAGAGGCUGAGUCGUAUCUCAAUGAAACUGGCUGCCGUGACUACUCGGCUCAAACAUUGAACGGUUCUUGUGCACUCGCCACUGCCAAUAUACUGUUUCUUGUGGAUUUGGGUGAAGAGAAUUACCGUUUGCUACAAAUGUUGCCUGGAUUUGCUGUCGAGCUGGAAGAGAGGUUCGUCGCCAGCGGUGUGGGCCAGGCUCCGUCCUCACCGAGCGCAAGGAGAAACCUUUACAGCGUGUUUGGAUUUGAUGCCUCCGGACUGGUCUCGUCGAGUGUUCACUCUACGGCCGGAUCGGCAACGGCCGUGCCCAUAGAACGUGUUGCGGAAGCUGUCGGCUCGCUACCAUUUCCGUCGCUUCACGAGGGCAAUGGCGUCUCGGCCCUGAUACACCUGUCCGAGAAGAUUAAAGCACUGCGCUCCGGUCGAUACGACACUGUCGUGUUUCUAUCAGCAAAUACUAAUAAACCUGCUGGCUGCAUCUUGGCGUACAUCAUACCCGACACGUUUAUAUGCCGUUCAGUUUCCUACCACUUUCUUCUGCCAUUUGACAUCACACAGCAUGAAAGCAGCCAAGGCACACAGAUAUACGGUGUUGAUCCGAGUGAGGCCGGCUUUAACUCAUGCAUGCGCAAUAAAGUUGUACCCGGCGCAACGGUCUCGACAUCGUCCGAAAGCAGAUACUGGGAUGUACCAUCGUGGUUCUGGGCUCACCGAUGGACUAUCAGUGAUUUGGCAGCCAGCUCCCGGAAAGUGGCCCAUAUGACGAGUGCCAUUGCCAAAGGCAUUGCGCAACAAACGCAGAGUGCCGGCAAGAAGCAGGCUUCUGGUCACCAGUGUGCGCUCGACGACGGAAUCAUCGUCUGCAGAGAUUACUUUGGACCUCAUGAGCAGUGCUUAUGGAAACCCGAACCAACAACAUCACCGUCGACAUUUCCGACAACAUCAACAACUGAAGCAGAAGCACAAGCAGCUAUGACGACCAAGCCCCCGGUCACCCAGGCGGCAGAAUCCGUUAUAAUUACCACAAGCGCCACGACCGAAACCCAAGCGUCGUCUUCCGAUUUUCAGACAUCUGGUGCGACGCCAAGCAGAACGCCAUCACCUGUGGAAGGACCUUCAGAUGAUUCUCAGCUAUUCGUGAUCAUACCAGCAAUAGCUGGCUCAGUCUGCCUUCUAGUCUUGAUCAUCGGAUCACUCAUCAUUCACAAGGCAUACCGGAAGCGAAAGCAAUCAAGGAAUCCAGUAUCGUGCGCUCUUGAGGGUGGAAUCAGUGGCGAGGUGUUGCCUAGCAUAAAGGACGUGACAAAUCAUGCUACCGCAAUGUUGGCUGCGCCUGUGAAUACGUCUGUCACGGUAUUGCCAGUGUCUCUGCUGAAACUAGGCAAGAUCAUUGGCAAGGGACAGUUUGGAGAAGUCUACCUUGGCUGGAUUUCAUGUCGUGAUGAGAAGAACCGGGAAAUCGAGCAGAUUGCAGCAAUCAAGACACUCAAUGUGCUCUACUCUGAUGAGGCUACUCACAACUCACUCAUUGAGGAGCUCAUCUUGCAGAAGAGCAUAGGGGAUCACCCGAAUGUCGUCAGCAUCAUCACAGGCGGCCUGUAUAAUGGUAAUGCUUGUAUAGUCAUGGAGUAUAUGUCUGGUGGUGACCUGCAUUCGUUUCUCUUGGAUAUCAAGAAGAACACGGCCUUGACUCCCAUCACCGACCCGCACCUGAUGCCCAAUGAGCGGCUGGACAUCUGCAGGCAGAUCGCGCUGGGAAUGGAGUUUCUGGCAUCCAAACAGAUUGUUCACCGAGAUCUUGCCGCACGCAACGUUCUUGUCAGAGAACAUCACAAGCUGCGUGGAAAGCUGGAGGCGAAGAUCAGCGAUCUCGGGUUGUCGCGCGCCGCCAUUCACAACGGAAAGUACGAAGCACAGACAUCGAGGAUGCUACCAAUCAAGUGGACAGCCGUGGAGAGCAUCACAACGGGAUCCUUCUCAUCACAGAGUGAUGUCUGGUCUUUCGGUGUGCUCAUGUGGGAGGUUGAGACUUGCGGUGACUUGCCCUAUGAUGGAAAACCUAAUGCUCUACUGGCCGAUAUCUUGUUGAAGGGGUAUCGGCUGGAGAGACCCACUGGAUGUCCAGACAGGAUAUAUUCUCUGAUGAUGCAGUGCUGGGAUUUAGAUCCCAACAGCCGACCAGACUUCUCUGCACUAAUCCAGGAGCUCUCUCAGGAACUAGAGUCGCAUUUGAACUAUAUUCAAGUGGAGGAAGGCGGCGUCAACAUGUGCAUUACUCCGGCGUCGUUGCCCGACGCAGGUCGUCGGCCGUCCGCACUGGAGACACUUCUUGAGAGGAUACGACAGUCCACUGAACAUCUAGAGAUCGAGGCCCCUGAGACAGGUCUGAGUUGCUCAGGUCACAACCUUGUGACACCCCAGAGUGCCUUGGGCUUGAGUAUUUCGCUCAAUGCUGACGGCUUCUCGCAUGGCCACAGGCACAGCGCUGCUGGCUUCAUCCCCGUCAUGUGGGGGAGUUGCCUGAGCCGGAACGGUCUCCAUGGGAACAGCGCAACACCAGGUAUGGGCAGAGCUCGGAGCUUCUCCUCAUCGCAGGAAUCUGCCGCAUUGUCCAUAGCCCUGCGCACAAUGUCUCCUGAGGAAGCUGCUGCACUGCCGGUCUUGGUUGACGAUGUCGAGUCGGCAAGGUACGUAAUGCAGCCUCCAGUUCAUUCACACCAAGGGUCUUGUGAGGACGUUCGAGAAGAGUACCGGAUGCCAUCGCCGGCCGUCUUUGAAAUCCAGCCAGAAUGAUAUCUGAGCAAGGAAGUGAGAAUGAUUGUUUGAUACCGUGCAUGUUGCUGACAGUUGAAGAUGAUGUACUUUUUUUAAAGUAACAGUUCUGUUGACACCCUACAUUCUGGUGCAUUGAUUGUCUAUUGAAAGGAUUUCUUUCAUGCUGAACACCUACAGACCCGCCAUGCUUCCUCUUCUCAACUUCUUUGAACCUUUUGAAAAGUUACGAACACAUGUGUUUAAACAAGAAUGACAUGCACAAGUUUACAAUGGCCGCAAACUUUUUAUUGUUGUUACUCGCAGUUUGAUGGAAAAA